AUGGAAUCAAGCUAUCUUCAAAAGUGCCUGGGGACAUGCCUAACUCAAGGUCUCACAGAAGUUGCCAGAGUUCGCCCAUUGGAUCCAAUUGAAUAUUUAGCCUUUUGGCUUUAUAAGCACAAGGAAAACAUGGAUAUGGAGCAAAUGAGACAGGAAGAAAUGAUUGCGUUGGAGCGUGAGAAAGAAUUAGCCAUGAUGGAGCAGGAAAUGCUGGAGCGACUCAAAGCAGAGGAACUCUUAUUUCAGCAGCAGUUGGCAUUCCAGUUGGAGUUGGAAAUGCAACAAAAAGAGAAACAGAAGACAGAAGGUUUCCAGGCAGGACAAGAAAAAUCAAGUAAGAACAUGGUGAACAUGGAGAGCACGGUUAGGAGUGAGGAGCAGGAGCCCAUGCAGUCAGAGGAAUUGGUGACGGACUCGGGCAAAACCCUAGCGGAGAUCAGCGAUCGGUACGGGGCGCCUAACUUGAGCCGAGUGGAGGAGCUCGAUGAGCCCAUGUUAUCUGAUAAUGGUGUCUCAGCGCCUCCCUGA